UUUGAACGUAACGUAAUUUCGAACUCAGUCCGGUGGACCAGGCCUCCGCGGUUGGAGCUCUGCUAUGUUUUAUAAGAAAGUGUGACAAAGUGAUAUUGAUUAAUUGUUCAAAAGUGGUCUAUAAGUGGUUGAAAUGGAGGGAGUGAGAGAUAAGGAGUUCUUCAGAAAGAUGGAAACGGAGCUGUUGAGGCGGAUCCUUAAAUUUCUGCGGGCGACAAAGGCAUUCCUAGACGCACUAAGCGAGUCGGGCGCGGCGUGCGUGUCCCGCGCGACAGCUGUCAAGUUUCUGCUCGCGCGCAAGUUCGAUGUUGCGCGCGCGCAUGCGCUGUGGCGGCAGCAUGAGGCCACGCGGCGGCGGGAAGGACUCACCAAGUUCGAGCCCUUCGAGGACCCGCUUAAGAGCGAACUGGAGACGGGGAAAUUUACUAUAUUGCCGGCCCGCGACGCGACGGGCGCGGCCAUCGCGGUGUUCACGGCCAACAAGCACUUCCCCGCACAGACCACGCACCAGAUCACGUUACAGGGUGUAGUGUACCAGCUGGACGCGGCGCUGCAGUCGGCGGACACGCAGCGCGCGGGGCUGGUGUUCGUGUACGACAUGACCGACUCCAAGUACACCAACUUCGACUACGAGCUGUCGCAGAAGAUACUCACCAUGCUCAAGGGAGGCUACCCGGCCAAGCUGAAGAAAGUGCUCAUAGUGACCGCGCCGCUCUGGUUCAAGGCGCCGUUCCGCAUCCUGCGUCUGUUCGUGCGCGAGAAGCUUCGCGAGCGCGUGCACACGGUCAGCGCGCCGCAGCUCAGCGCACACGUGCCGCGGGCCGCGCUGCCCGCGCAGCUGGGCGGGCUGCUGCAGCCCGACCACGCCGCCUGGUUGGAGCACUGCCGGCUGUGCUACACGGCUGCGCUGCAGAGCGGCAAGCUAGAGGGCGCCGCCGACGACUAUGUGAUCACCAACCACAUCCCGCCGGCCAAGCCGCAAAAUGGUAUAAUCCACAACGGCAGCAGUGACAUGAGCGGCGACAACGGCACCGCCAUGCACAUCAGCGAGUCGCCCUACACGUGCGAGCCCAGCCCGCUCAGGCAUACACAUAGCUACAAUGGAGACACAAAUAGUAUGAAAAGCAGGCAUAUUAACUCUGGAGACGAGGAUGACUUAGAUAUAAGCACGGGCCGCACGUGGUCGGACGCGGAACAGUCCCCAGCUCUAUCCGACGACGAGUGCUCGGGCGGCGGCGCGGCGCUGGCCCCGGCGGCGCUGCUGGCCCGCGCCCGCGCGCUGCGUCGCCGCGGCCUCGUGGCUGAAUAUGAGGAGAUACGGGCGCGCCCGCCAGCCGGCACGUUUCAUCAUGCCAAACUGCCAGCGAACCUAGCCAAGAACCGCUACACGGACGUCCUCUGCUACGACCACUCGCGCGUGGUUCUAUCCCAGGCGGACCCCAAUGAUCCUAGUUCAGACUAUAUCAAUGCGAAUUACGUGGACGGGUAUAAACAGAAGAACGCGUUUAUUUGUACACAGGGCCCUCUCCCCAAAACCUACGCAGACUUCUGGCGCAUGGUCUGGGAACAACACUCCCUAGUGAUCGUGAUGACAACUCGCGCGGUGGAGCGAGGGCGAGUGAAGUGCGGGCAAUACUGGCCGGCGGCGGGGCGCGCCGUGCACGGGCACCUCGCUGUGACCGCGCGGUCUGUGGUGCAGCGGGAACACGCCACCGUGUCGCUGCUCACGCUCACCAACCUACAGACGAACGAGUCGCGCCCCAUCUGGCACGGGCAGUACACGUGCUGGCCGGACUACGGCGUGCCGGGCGGCGGCCGCGCGGCGCCCGUGCUCGAGUUCCUCGCCAUGGUGCGCCGCGCGCAAGCCGACGCCACCGCGCAGCUCGGUGAUAAAUGGGUCGGCCACAGCAGAGGACCUCCCAUCAUAGUACAUUGUUCAGCUGGCAUUGGACGAACAGGCACAUUCCUGACGCUGGACAUCUGCCUGUCGCGCCUAGAGGCGGAGGGCGUCGCCGACGUGCGCGGCACAGUGGAGCGCGUGCGGGCGCAGAGGGCGCACUCCAUACAGAUGCCCGACCAGUACGUGUUCUGCCAUCUCGCGGUCAUUGAGUACGCUGUGAUGCAGGGCUACCUUGAAUCAGCCGACUGGACCGGCUUCGACGACGACGACGAGGCGGACGCGGAGUCGGAGUGAGCCCCCCGCGCCCGCCCCCCGCGCCCCGCGCUGCGUCUACUGACCACAGUGUUGCCAUAUCCCCGCCCGCCACACGCCGCGUCGCACGCCUUCCGUUACAGAAAUGCAAAGUUUUGGCGACGAGGUUAACCUUAGCGAAUUUCAGAGUAAAUUGGAUGUUUUAGUUGGGAAAUCUGUCGCUAUGGUACUUGUAAUGAAUGCAUCAAAAGCUGAACUAUUGAUUCGGUUUAGAUAUUUUUAAUAACGUAUUUUAUUGUUGUUUUGAGGGUAAAAAAUUGCUAUGUGAGCCAAAAUUAAGUAUUUCUUAAAAUGGAAGGGAAGUGAUACUAACGCAAGUGCAGUUUCAACACGGCGACAGUGAAAGACUUUACAAAACAAGCCUGUAUCAACACAAAUAGGAUAUAGGACAUUAGUGAAUACUUUACAAUAAACAAUGUACCUACAUUACACGUUAUGAUGAGAAUGUUCCUGUAGCAAGCAUAAGAACUGAAUACAAAUUGGUACUUGGAAUGAAAUCUCAUAUUUAAGUAUUGUUUUUACGAUUGAAACUUAAAAAUUCUUUGACCAAAAAUUAUAAUUUUUACUGUGUCUAUUAUGCUGUAAUGGUUUGAGGUAUGAGUAUUUAGCCAAUGUAAUAUUGGGGGGGUGUUCAUUUAUUUCUGUUUCCAUAACCUCGCAUAUUCGGUGACGAUUUCUUAGUUCAAAAAGGUCUAAGAAAUAGGUAAUAAUUUAUUUUUGAACUAAAUUCCAUGGACUUAUCCCCGUAAAUUACGCCUUCUGUUACUGUGGGACACCCCUCUUAUUUCCGUUAACAUUAAGAAUUUAUUAUUUGUACCUAUUAUUUAUUUAAUUAAAGGAGUAUGGCUGUGUAAAGUUUAUGUCUGUCAUUUAUAUAUUUAGAUAUAUUUAUAUUAAAAUUUCUUACAAUACGCGUUUCUGCAACGUGUUUUUCUAAUACUUUCUGUAAUUUGUGUUCCAUAGAGCCGUCUCGGUAUUGUUCUAGAGAAAAAAGAGGUGCUGGUAGUUUCGACCAUGUGUAUCACGAGUCAUCCAUCUUAAACAUAACUAGACUAACGUAUACGCUAACAUAGACAAAUUUAAAUGCACACAUUAAUAGUACUAACUAGUCGUUAGGAUGGUCUGCCCCAAGUCGAAUCAUAAAUAAAACAGUAUAAAGGAUUUCCUUCUAUGUAAUCAAGCCAUGUAAUGAAGAUUUUUAUUGUACUCUGUAUCGAAAUACAUAUCUAGUUGAAAUCAUGAUCGCAAAGUCAUCAAUCACUGACCACCGUCCUAUACAUAUCGCUUUACGAUAUUACUUUCGCAUUUUCGGCCAUCGAUCGUACACCCUCCACAGAUUGUAUAUUUACCCAUUCAAAAUACAUAUUGUUAUAUUUGAAUUCAUAUGUGUUGAUUUGUAGGAUGUAUCUAUGGCCUUUCGUAAAAGCAUUUGCAUGCAUCCUGCUAUCAAAUAAUCAUACCAAUCCUCACACUUUAUUCUGUCCAGCAUACUAUGUAUUUCUUGGCGUACAUGCAAAAGUCAAAUCAUAGAAACACAACACAUCGUAAUUUAAGCUAAAAUUAUUGUUAUUCUGAAGCAUUACUGUUAUACCUAUAUGUAAAUAGUUUAUUUUUAUUUUCUAUUUUAAAAACUAAAUUAAAUCUCUGAAAAUAUGUGUGAAAAAUAAAAGUUGUAAUAUA